AAUAUACUGGAAGGCGGCGGGCGGGCACCCGGGAGGUGCUGAAGGGACAGUUCCCGCCGCUAAACUUCCCCCUCAGAGGGCGGGUGGGGCGGCCCGGGAGCGCGGGCCACGUGAGCGAUGGAGACCAUCUGGAUCUACCAGUUCCGCCUCAUCGUGAUCGGGGACUCCACGGUGGGCAAGUCUUGUCUGCUGCACCGCUUCACCCAGGGCCGCUUCCCCGGGCUGCGCUCCCCCGCCUGCGACCCCACGGUCGGCGUGGACUUCUUCUCCCGCCUGCUGGAGAUCGAGCCGGGCAAGAGGAUCAAGCUGCAGCUCUGGGACACUGCGGGGCAGGAGCGGUUCAGAUCAAUAACUCGAUCCUAUUAUCGCAACUCAGUUGGUGGAUUUUUAGUAUUUGACAUUACUAACCGACGAUCUUUUGAACAUGUGAAAGAUUGGCUAGAAGAAGCAAAAAUGCAUGUACAGCCAUUUCAGAUUGUAUUUCUGCUGGUGGGACACAAAUGCGAUUUAGCUUCACAACGUCAAGUCACAAGGGAAGAAGCUGAAAAACUGUCUGCAGACUGUGGAAUAAAGUAUAUAGAAACCUCUGCCAAAGAUGCAACAAACAUUGAGGAAUCCUUCACAAUCUUGACCCGAGACAUUUAUGAACUUAUUAAAAAGGGAGAAAUUUGUAUUCAGGAUGGUUGGGAAGGGGUUAAAAGUGGUUUUGUUCCAAAUACUGUGCAUUCUUCUGAGGAAGCAGUGAAGCCCAGGAAAGAGUGCUUCUGUUGACUUCAAAAAAGCCAAAGAAGUAACCAGAACAGAUUUGUGUCAUUUCAGGAUAACUACCAACAUUAACAGCAGAGUGUGCAAUGAAAGCAUUUUAAAAAGUUAUAAACCCGCACUAACACUAUUUUGUAAGCUUUUUGAUUCAGAGCAUUGUGCUUAAGUGUUACACUACCGAAUUGGGUAUUUUGCUAAAUUAUCGGGCAAAGCUGACAACUUUAUCAAAACUGGAAUAUCUACAUAAUUUCUUACAUUUUCAUUUUGUUAGCAUAUAUCUGACCUCAGUGUUCAGAUAUGUUAAUAUCCACUUUUCUUAGAUUUUUGUAAACAUAUAGUCUGGUUAAAAAUUUUUUAUCAGGAGUUAUAUUCUCUUCAGUUACUAUUGAAUAAUGAUGUGUAUUUAAAAGUAAACUGUUUAUGUGCAAAGUAAACAAUCUCAGAAAUAUUGACUAGGAAUAAAAUAGCAAUUUCUUGUUUAAAGCACCAAGUUUUUUACCAUUCUCAGAAAUACUUAUCUUCCCUUACUCUUGCUUGAACAUAAGAAAAUAAGUUUUAUACUCAUUUUUGUUACCUAAUUUAUUGCUCCUGAAAAUUUUAUGUUUUAUAAGAUAUCUAAGGAUUCAAACAAAAUAUUUUAGGCAAAUAUUUGAAAACAACAAAAAGGACCACUCAGAAGCAAAUGUUUUGAUGUUAUAGUAUACUGUCCAAAUUUAGGCAAAAAAACCAAAAUUUAUUUAUAUACUGACUUUUUUUUAAAAUACAGUUUACUUUGAACUAUCAUCAAAAUUAUCAAUAUAGCAAUAGAAUGUUUUUAGUAACAGCAUUUUUGUCCAAGUAAAUUUUUUAAUUUUCCCAUUUCCAACAUAAGAGUGUACAAAAGUUUUUUCUGGACAAUGAAAAUGAGUUACUAGAUCCUUGAUAGAUUUAGCAUUCAAACAGGAUUUUACAAUCUUAUGAGUACAAGGGAAGAUAGAAUAAUCAGUUAAGGAAAUAAAAUGACUUGCAAGUUUCCUAAUUUUUUAAAACUCCUCCCUUGGAAGGAACCUUUAGAUCACAAUGUCAAGUAUUUUAUAACAUAAGUGUCUGCUCUGAUCUGUAAAUUGUUACUAAGUACAAAGGGGCACCAAAUGAAGGUACCUUUUUGGAAUCACGACUUUUUUUGCUCUUUGCUUUGUGCUGUUAAACUAUAGUUGUUUAAUUUGUUUGAAAACCAAAAUGGUACAGUACAAAGAAUACUAAACAAGAAAUCCAAAAACCUAGUUCUAAACUUGCCUUGGCUGUUCCAAAAUUUGACUAUGAGGAAGGAUGUCAGUUGAUCUCUUUAAGCAUCAUUUUUCUCAUCUGUAAAAUGGGACAAGUAACCCAUUUAUUGAGCUUUAUGAAGUUACUUUGAGAAUCAAGUGAAUCAUGUGGGGAAAAAAGCUUUGUAAACAGAGAGAGCAUUAUACGAUGUGAGAUUGGCGUCAGCUUCUCGUGGACCUCCCAUUAUAUUUAUAGUGGGUGAGAACUUGGUUUUCUCAUGUUCUUUCUUUUCAUUUGUGUGCAGAAGGAGCUGAAGAUACAUGUUUUCAUGGACCUAGGAAGAAUUCUUGGUUGGUGUUUACCCUUUGCCCUUUUAUCCUGAACCACUCCUUCUCCAAAGCAGAAAUGAUAGAGGGGGAAAUUCGUGGAGAAUUAAUUCAAUCAAAAAUCAUGCUUGAAUGUGGUUUUUUGUGCACUUUUCAAAUAGAUGUUUAAUUGUAUUAUCAAACACUUUUUCAUUUUCUAGUUUCAUGUAUUUCUAGUAGUGCUUAUGAAAAGAAGAAUAUAAAUGACAAUGGACUAUAAAAUUUCUGAAUAUUUAGUGUCAACUUUUUUAAUACCCUUAGGUUAACAUUACAUAAGUGAAUUCAAACUAUAGUUGGUCAGAUGGAAAAAUACAAAUACCUGUCCCCCAAAAUGUGAAGUCUAUUUUUGCUGCUACAAUUUAAAAUCUUAUAUUACAAUCUUCCAUCAGUUCAGAAUGGCAUAAGCUCAAAUAUUGUAUAUCUAACAGUAGCUUAAAGUACAGUCCACCUGUGCCUGCUAGUAAAGUUAAGCAGCUAAAAUAUAAAAUGUGAUUUAACUUUCAGUGGACAACUUUUAUAAUACUUACAUUGGAUGAGACUAAUAUUUGGACUAAGGGAUAUGCUGUAUUCCCAGAUUUAGCAUAGAAUUAAGGAACUAGAGAAACAAAUAGGAAGACAAAGCCCCAAAAAGUUGGUAUGUGAAUAAAUAUAAGCAAGCCUAGAACUCUAGUCUUUUAAAACUUGGAUUGCCAUGCUCUGUUGUGUGUAUGCACACGUGUGUACAUAUGGAUACACUUGAGAGAUGUAAAAGAAUGGGGAAAUAUGAUCUAACUGAAUCAACAAGAUAGUAAAAUUGGGCUAAAUCAUUUUUAUGUUUUAGAGGAGCUGUUUGUGGGAAAACAGUCAUAUGGUGAAUGAUGACUACAAAGAUUUGAGUUUUUAGACAAGAUUGCCAAACAUCUGUAUACCCUUAGCCAGAUAUCUUUAUCCAUAUAUAUAAUAGCUGAUUUAUUUUUUUAGACAUCAUAGAGAAUAUGGUAAAUAGUAAAUAUUAGUAAAAAUAUUUACUCCAGGAAAAUCAUUUUGACUAAAUUUCUUAGAAAUCAGAUGUACUGGAUUUUAUAUUAAAAUCACUGGGCUUAAAAUUUAUUUAAUUUAGAAGUUGGAGAUGUAGGUCAAUGGUAGUGUUUACUCAGGGCCCUGCAUAUGAUCCCCAGCACCACACACCAAAAAUAUAUAUACAUAUUUAAUUUAAACUUAACCAUGCUUAAAUUAAAAAUGUAAAACAAAUAAUAUAACAAAUUACCAAAUAUUUUAAGUUUGUGUAAUCUUUAAAAAGAAAUGAAAAACUGUCCAACUGUACAGGAAACUUGCCCCUGAUAGAAAUUUCUCAUCUUGAGCUGCAUUAACAUUUCCAGUACAUAUAGUGAUGAGACAGUUUAUUAAAUGGUCCACCUCAACCACAAUUUUUAAGUAAUCAGAAUGCUUUUAGAUAUGGCCUUUAUAUGCAUAACAGUAGCAAACAAGAUUUCUUGAGUCUGAAAACUUAAGAGUUUACUCUAGGUUUCCAAAAGCAUGAAGCCCUCCAUGACGUGUGUGUGUGUGUGUGUGUGUGUGUGUGUGUGAACCAAAAUGAUCUUUUAUAUUAUUGUUAAGAUAACUUUAUCAAAAUAAAGUCUUUUUAUCAAACUUUACAUCAUUAAGAAAUUGAGUCUAUGGAUUAAUAAAAUCACUUUAAGAGUA